UAGCUGUUCCUACUGAAGAAACAUUGGUUUACAAUUUGCUGCUGUUUGGUCGCCACAGCCGCUGUUUGCUGCUGCUACUACUACCAAUUAGAGCUGCGACCACCUCGACACGUCUACUGCGACUGCACUGCAAUGCUGCUGUGAUACCGAAUCUUCCGGGAGCCACCAACCACACAUGCUUCCUUCAGGUGUUUGUAAGGCCUUGGUGGGACCAAGUGCUACCACCGAACGGUUUAAUCCAGUAUAGUAUUGUUAUACCUCCAUCCAUCUCCAAUUUUACUGUCACGGUUAGGAAAGAGGCGAAGUAUGUUGCUGCGACAACGAAGCAUGUAUUAUCAUUAUUAUUAUUGUACUUCUUCUUAGCUAAUCUGCUUUUCUACCCUUAGCUGCUAUGUUCUGUCUGUGUUAACGGUUUAUCUUCUUUUAACACCGCCUUCUUCGAUUUCUAUUCAUUGUUACCUUCCAUCUACUACAGCCAAUUCUAUGUAUAGCCCCCUUCCCUGGAGAAGGUUUCACUUCUAUUUACACAGCCAAUGUACCAUUCGCUUCUCUCUCGCUCCCCCUCUCCUCAUAAACCACCAUUGCGGUGAAAUAUUUUCCUCGCUCUGAUUCUUUCUUUUAUAUACAUUUUUUUAGUGAUUUCUUCGCUGCUGCUGCUGUUGCUAUCGAUUCAGUUACAAUGGUAUCUGCAUUAUCCCACUUUACGUUGAAAGAUUCAUAAUUCCUAUCUAUAUUGCCUUCUUCCUAGUGCGUUAAGUCCAUGUCUGAAGACUCCCCCCCACCCGCCGUUUUCUUUCUAAGCCAUACAUUUCGUCGUUUCUUGUUUUGGUUUUGCUGCUCUUAUUCUCCCCCUCUCUCGAUUUGUCCUCUCAGCUGACGUGAAGCUUCUUCCUAGCAGACUUUCCAAAAUACAUCCUCACCAGAGUGUGAACAAAUUAAAAUCAGUUUUACAUUUUUACUUUGUUUACAUAGUUUUUUUGAUUUUUAUCUCCUACUUUCAAAAUUAUUUCUGCGGUUGCCCCCUCUCACUCUUUCUUUCUCUCUCUCUCUCUCUCUCUUCUUUUCACCUCAUCCGCCUCUCUCCUUCUCUUUCCUCCAACUCACAUAAGCAGUGAGUUUUGUAUUCAAGGAGGGGGAGUGGUCAAAAGCUGCCAAACUUUAUUUCUUUCCUUCCUUGACUCCUCUACUUCAGGUAGCUGACCAACCAGAACUUGUACAUAAGGGGAUACCUGCUGGGCUGAUAUAAUAAACUACACACACACACAUACACAAACACGCGCACGCACACAUUCACUCACUUUCACAUACCAACCACUUGUCAUCAACUUUCAUCUGAAAGUGUGAUGUGUUUCACUUGUGUACGGUACACCUCAUCUACCACACAUUGUUUAAGGUACUGCUACUACCUGGCAGUUGUCACUUGGCCCCGCCAAAAAGCCUCACUCACUUAGGAACUUUUCCAACCAAAGUUUUCUUAACUUCCUACAAUUUGCUCAUUCAAUCCCCUCUUCAAAAUCUUGGUUAUUUAUUCAGUACUUUUGUUGACACUGCUAAAAAAAUUAAUUCUUUCGUCUAAUUACAGUUAAUUAAUUAGCUGUGUCAUACAUAAAAGUCACAUUGGUUUUCACAAAAUUUUAGCAACAACUUUUUUCUCUUGUUAUCUAUCAGUAAUAUAUUUUACUUUCAAUAUUAUUAUUUUGGAAAUUGUUAAAUUCCAAAACAGGUAGUAAAAGAGUACCAAAAACCACCACCCCAGUCCAGCCCAGUCCAAAUAACUAGCAGCUGAUCUAAGACUAGCUUUCAUACUUCUUGAACAGUCAAACAGUUACUUUUUCAACACUCCGUGUAAGUGGUAAAUAGCAAUUUUAACAUUUAGCUUUCAAAUGUCCUUGGGCUCUCUCUCUCUUUCUCACAUACUCUCUCUCUCUCUCUUUCUCUCUCUAUCUCUGUCUUUCGUUCUUGCUUUCCACUCAUUUACUCACUUGACUCACUAUCACUCACUCUAACUCUAGCCGUUCUGUUAAAACAUUGACUGGUAGGGUCUGUCAUACCUGGCAGUCUCGUUAGGUCAAGUUAGAAGGUGAGGUGAGGUCAGGUCGGAAGUAUUUCAGCUUUCUUUCCGAGAACAAGCCCACUAAAGAUAAAGUAAAAAAAGAGGAAUUUAAAAAAAAAAAAAACACAAAAAAAUUCAGGAUGUCUUUCGUGAAAAGACUGAUGUCUAAAAACCACUCAAAUGACGACGAUAAGUUCGAUGUAACGGAAAAGAUGCGGAGUAUUGAAGAAGCCGAAGAAGGUUUCAAGACCAAAGCUGGUCGUAAAAGACACAGUAUCCAGUUGGAUCGUCGGAUCAGUUUACAAGUUGCCAGUUUAGUUGGAGAUGGCAGAAGAUCUAGCAAUGCAAGUACUGGAACCAUGGAUUCCCUCUCAUCGUAUACAGGAAGUUCUUCAGAAGAAGAAGAUAUUAAUCCGAAAGAUAAGGUUCAGAGAAAUUCCAAAGGAAGUACAGAUUUCUGUGUUCGCAACAUUGACCAUGCAGCAUUUGGCAGAAGAGAAAUUGAAAUUGCAGAACAAGAAAUGCCCGGAUUAAUGGCCCUCAAAAAGAGAGCUGCUGCUGAUAAACCUCUCCAAGGGGCUAAAAUUAUUGGUUGUACACACAUCACAGCUCAAACUGCAGUACUUAUUGAAACACUAGCUGCCCUUGGAGCAUCUGUAAGAUGGGCUGCCUGCAACAUAUAUUCCACACAAAACGAAGUCGCUGCUGCACUGGCUGAAGGUGGGUUUCCUAUGUUUGCCUGGAAAGGAGAAAGUGAAGAAGACUUUUGGUGGGGUAUCGACAAAUGUAUCAACAACGAACACUGGCAGCCAAACAUGAUACUUGAUGAUGGUGGAGACGCCACCCAUCUAAUGUUGAAGAGAUACCCUGCCAUGUUCAGCAGCAUCAAAGGCAUUGUUGAAGAGAGCGUCACCGGUGUACAUCGUCUCUACCAACUCUCCAAAUCGAAAAAACUCACUGUUCCUGCUAUGAAUGUCAAUGAUUCAGUUACUAAGACCAAAUUUGAUAACCUAUACAGCUGUCGAGAAUCUAUUUUGGAUGCAUUAAAGCGAACUACAGAUGUUAUGUUUGGUGGCAAACAAGUCUUAAUUUGUGGCUAUGGAGAAGUUGGGAAAGGUUGUGCUCAAGCUCUGAAGGGUAUGGGCUGUGUAGUGAUGGUUACUGAAAUUGACCCCAUUUGUGCUCUGCAAGCUUGUAUGGAUGGUUUCAGAGUCGUUAAACUCAAUGAAGUUGUACGUCAAAUAGACAUCCUUAUCACCUGCACAGGCAAUAAGAAUGUUGUAACCCGAGAGCAUCUUGACCGCUUGAAAAAUGGCUGUAUUGUGUGUAAUAUGGGCCAUUCCAACACAGAAAUUGAUGUGGGUAGCCUGCAUACCCCAGAGCUGACAUGGGAAAAGGUACGCUCACAAGUGGAUCACAUCAUUUGGCCUGAUGGAAAACGUAUUGUAUUGUUGGCUGAGGGUCGAUUGGUUAACUUAAGCUGCUCAAGUGUGCCAUCAUUUGUGGUGUCUAUAACUGCCUCAACACAGGCACUUGCUUUAAUAGAGCUCUACAAUGCUCCUUCUGGUCGGUACAAAGAUGAUGUCUACCUCCUGCCAAAGAAAAUGGAUGAAUAUGUAGCCAGUUUACAUUUGCCAACAUUUGAUGCUCAUCUGACUGAACUUACUGAUGAACAAGCAAGGUACUUAGGGUUAAAUAAAGCUGGUCCAUUUAAACCAAACUAUUAUCGGUAUUGAUGACACUACAAUCAAUCCAACAGAAUGAAAUCUACCAGAAAUUUAUUCAAGACGGACAACUCAUUCUUACCUAGCGCCAGUGGUUAAACUGGGAAAAUUGUUUCUACUCUGAUACACAGCAUAUCUUCUUCCUUCUCUUUUUUUUGUUCUUUGCACAAAUUUCUUCUUCCUAACUCAAUAUUACCAAAUCCCUCUGGUUCUCUCUCUCUCUCUCUCUCUCGCCACCCACUCCCAUCCCAUUUUCCAUUUUCUUGAAUUCAAAAUCAAAAUGAGCAUAUAUUUCUCCAUUCUGGAAAUGAAACAGAAUAAAAAAGCGGAUAAAGAAAAACAACAACAAAAAAUAUUGGAAAGAAAGAAUCCCAGAAAAGUCCCUCAUGUGAGAGAAAAUGUAAAAACGAAACAAAACAAUGAGACUGUAGAAUGAACAAACAAAACCUGGUCCCAAUCUAUUC